ACACUUUGGGCACAGGGACUCUCCAGCACGUGUACAACUACGAGGUGUGCAGGACGACUGACUCCAGAAAGAGUGACUGUAAGUUCGGCAGAGCUGGUAGUCAGAACGUGCUGAUAAUGGACCCCAGUUCUACAGGGACGAUGCAGCGGAUACAGAGUGAAAAGAGCAUCCUGGAACCAGACUCUCCUCUAGAGAUUUGGCAUCUUCUGUUCUUCCUUUUUUAUUUCAACCAAUUGGUCAGCGGACAUAUCCGAUAUUCAAUCCCAGAGGAGAUGAAGAAAGGCUCCCUAAUCGGUAAUGUAGCACAGGAUCUUGGUUUGGAUCUAAAAAGGCUCCAUUCUGGUCGGGCCCGUAUCGUGACCGGAGAGAGCAUCCAGUACACCGAGCUGAAGACAGACAAAGGGAUUCUAGUCGUGAAAGAGAGAAUGGACCGGGAGCAGCUUUGCGGAGACGUAACACCAUGCAGUUUCAGCUUUGAAGUGAUUUUAGAGAACCCUAUGGAGCUUCAUCCUGUGAAAAUAAUGAUCCAGGACCAGAACGACAACCCCCCUCAGGUUCUGUACCCAGUCCAGACUGGUGGCUCUCUGGUGGCUGAAAUGGUGCCUCGUUCAGCAGAUGUGGGCUAUCUGGUCACUAAAGUGGUGGCUGUUGAUGUGGACUCUGGACAGAAUGCCUGGCUCUCCUAUAAACUGCAGAAAGCCACAGACAGGGCGCUGUUUGAAGUGGCCUUACAGAAUGGAGAAAUAAGAACUAUCCGCCAAGUGACUGAUAAAGAUGCUGUGAAACAAAGACUGACUGUUAUAGUGGAGGACAACGGGCAGCCCUCUCGUUCAGCUACAGUCAUUGUUAACGUGGCGGUGGCGGACAGCUUCCCUGAAGUGCUGUCGGAGUUCACUGACUUUACACACGACAAGGAGUAC